GUAGCAGGCGGGCUUUCACGGGACGAAACAGUGACACAAAAUCGCGUCCCGGAAACGCGGUUUCAAAACCCACAUUCCCAGUUCUACGAAUCGCCGCGACCGUUGUAAACCCUAGUUCAAGAUUCAAAUCCUCUCCACUUUCUUUCUUCCAUUGAUUUCGGCUUUGCCUUAUAGUCCUAAUCUAUGGAGGAACCUUCUACAUCGCCGUUGCCAGCGGCGUUUCUUGAUUUUCUUAAGGAGAAUGGUCUGGACCCUUCCAUUUACUCCGCUACUGAUUCCACUCCUCGUUAUGUCAGGUUGAAGCCUGGUUAUAAAGCCGAUGUCGAGGAGAUAGAGGACGAGAUCAAGUGCAAGCUUGAGAAAGUCAGUUGGCUGCCUGGAUUCUAUUCGCUUCCGCCUGAUGUGCAAAUUGCUGGUUCUCAUGCUUACAAAACAGGAAAGAUAUAUGGGAUAGAUGCAGCUUCCGGUGCUGCUGUAACUGCCUUGGACAUUUUACCGGGAAACCAUGUUCUCGAUCUUUGUGCAGCUCCAGGGGCCAAACUUUGCAUGAUCGUAGACCUUCUUGAUGGUUUGGGUUCUGUAACCGGAGUAGAUGUUUCACAGCAUCGUUUAGCUGCUUGUAGAACAAUGCUGCAAAAAUAUGCUCUUGGUGAUAUUUGCCGACUUUUUGUUGCUGAUGGAGCAACGUUUUCUCUCACUCCCGUGAAUGUUACUUCAGAGUCUAAAUUUGGUGAAUCUACCUUAGAAGAUAGCGUUGACAGAUUGAGGGAGUGGACCUCCAGAAAAUCUUGGAAGGAAAGGAAAAAAACAGCCAAAGCAAAACAAACUGUUUCUGCGGAGUUAGUUCAGAGCGGUCAGGAUCCAGAACUCAUCUUUUAUGGGCUGAAAUCUGGUGUGGUUGGGUUCACUAAGAGUGAAAUUUACCGAAGCCCUCCAGAAAAUGAGUUGUUGAGCUAUGGGUAUGAUAGGGUCCUAGUGGAUGCCGAGUGCACUCAUGAUGGCUCUAUAAAGCAUAUCCAGAAAUUUGAAAGUUGGGGUUGGACAUCGUUUCAGCGCAGAGUAUUGGACGCUGAGAGAACAGAUAAUUUGACUGUACUUCAGUUAAGACUCCUUGCCAAUGGUUUUAGGUUGCUCAAAUCUGGUGGGAUACUUGUCUACAGCACUUGCAGUCUGACCGUAGCACAGAACGAGGAUGUGGUGGAACAGUUUCUCAAGGAUAAUGCUUCCGCAGAGUUGCAGGAGAUAGAAGUUGCCAGAAAUUGGCCAUGUAAGAGCGGAGGAAUACCAAAAACCUUACGCUUUGAUCCUUUGACAUCACAGACAAGUGGGCUUUUUGUAGCGAAAUUCUUGAAGAUAAGCGGAAUAAAAAAGCGUGAAUCACGUGGUUAGAUCUCAUUCUGGUGUUAAUUGGGGAUUUUGAUAAUUUAAUCAACUUUGCUGGACAGUGCUUGAGACGUGAAAAAGAAAGGUAUAAUAUUUAUUACACAAUCGUUCAUCAAAUUAAGUCAAUUCAAAAUUAAGCUAAGCCAUACCCCUUUUUAAAACUUCAUAUUAUAAUGUUAACCAAUAGAGUGUGAGACCAUAUUUGUAUUGCUUCAUUUUUCUUUGGCUCUAUUCUGACACCUUAUUUAUUUAUUGUUAUUUUUAAUAGAGAUUGAUUGCAGGAAACUUAUUUAAUUGAAAUUAACUUUGUCCAUGCCCUUGCAUUUAUUAACCAUUUCUUUUUUCCUUUCUUUGAACACAUUUGAUGAUUUGUAUAUUCAGCUUCCGAUCUCAGGUAUUGUAAUGUUUUUGUUGCUUUUUCUCCCUCUUCUUUAGAUAAAGAAACAUAUAGUUGCUUUUGUUAUUUUGUUCUUGUUUUUUCAAAAUUUAAAGAAACAUGACCGUUAGAGUAUGAAAUUUUAGUCAAUUAAAUUUUACCACAUCAUCACACCAAAUAUUGUGAUAAUUAUUUUUUUAUUGGAUUUUUGGAUAUGUGUAUUCAACCAAAUCCAAUUUAGAUCCAAUAAACAAAUGAACUCAAGUCCAAGUCCAACAAACAAAUAGGUUUAAGUCCAAGUCCAACAAACAAAUGAGUUCAAGUCCGAGUUCAACAAACAAAUGGGUUCAAGUCCACCUAAAACUCAUGAAAUUUCUCUAUAAAUAGAGACAUUUGUCAUCCAAGAUCUUGGAUUGAAAGAAGAAUUGAAUAUUCAAACUUCUACAAGUUCUCAAGACGUGUAAAUCUAUAUCAACCUCGAGAUCAAUAUCUUCUGAAAGAUUGAAGACUUGAAGAUUAAUUUUUUUUAGAUUUCAGAAGAUCGAAGUUCAAAUCGACUUGCAACUACAACAUUCUAAAGAUCGAAGAUCGAGAAGCCUUAAGUUGUUAACUUGUAUUCGAGAGAAAACAUCAAAAGUCUAAAUAUUAGAUAUUGUAUUUAUAAUAUUCAUCAAUAUAUCAAAGUUCAAUUUUGUGAAUUACAUUUUUUCGAAAUCUCGUGUGAACAUUUUGACGCGCCCAGUAGGAUUAUCUCUACCUUUUAUCUCUCUCUUUUAAAGAACAUCUCGAAAGAAAGCAUGACAUUUUAAGGAAACACUUUCAAAGCUCUAGGCGACAUCAGUAAGCGACCAAAUACUCAUAGCCGCUCAAGGAGAUUUCAUUCAUCUGAAGAUAUGCCACCCGUCAAAGUCGCAAAGAAUAUUUGGGAACAAAAUUUCAGUCUACUAAAAGGUGGAAUUGUAAUUAAAGAAAAUUCUGUGAUUCAGAAACACAUCUUCUAAACACCCAAAUGGGGAGGUACCUCAUCUUUUAUAAUGUCAAUUAUGUUGACUGGCGUGGAUACAAACGAAAAUAGAAUGACAGAGCUUGAAAAGCAGGUCAACAUGCUUGUGAAGGCACUUGAAGAGAAAGACUACGAGAUUGAAUCGCUAAAGAAUCAUAUUAAGAGUCGUGACGCUGCUGAAUGGAGUCACACACAUACUGUCAAGAAUGCUAACAAAGGGAAGACAAUUGUGCAAGAAAGUCAACCACAAAAUUCAACUUCAAUUGCAUCUCUGUCUGUCAAGCAAUUGGAGGAGAUGAUUGCAAACUCCAUCAAAACUCAAUAUGGUGGACUUGCUCAAACUUUCUCUUUGUAUUCCAAGCCGUAUACGAAGAAGAUCGACAACCUAAGAAAAAGAUUUGAGAAAAAAAACGUAAAGGCAUUCUUUCCAAAAAGACGAAUGACUGAGGGAUUUGACCCAAAAGCAUAUAAAUUGAUGACAAAUGCGGGUUAUGACUUCACAACUCGCACUGAGCUUAAAAGCGUGAAAUAUUCGUUGAAAGUUUUCACAAUUGGAGCAUACAAAAUCAUCGAUCAAGAAGGAUUACGAAUUGGCCCAAUCACCGAUAAAUUUCUCAAGAAGUUUUAUGCUUAAUUUUGUUUUGUAAAAAAAAACAUUAAACUACGUUGUGACUUGAUUCCUAUGUUAUAAAAAAGGUACGUAGGCAACUUAAGAUUCACUUUAAGUUCAGUCACAUGAAAAAAAAUCAUUGAACUACGUUAUGACUUGAUCCCUUUGUUAUAAAAAGGGUACGUAGGCAGCUUAAUAUUCACUUUAAGUUCAGUCACAUGAAAAAAAAAAUUGAACUACGUUAUGACUUGAUCCAUAUGUGAUAAAAAGGGUACGUAUGAAGCUUAAAGUUCACUUUAAGUUCAGUCACAUGAAAAAAAAAAAAACUAUUGAACUACGUUAUGACUUGAUCCCUAUGUUAUAAAAAGGGUACGUAGGCAACUUAAGGUUCACUUUAAGUUCAGUCUCAGUCACAUGAAAAAAAACCAUUGAACUACGUUAUGACUUGAUCCCUAUGUUAUAAAAAGGGUACGUAGGCAACUUAAGGUUCACUUUAAGUUCAGUCACAUGAAAAAAAAACCAUUGAACUACGUUAUGACUUGAUCCUUAUGUUAUAAAAAUGGUAUAUAGGCAGCUUAAGGUUCACUUUAAGUUCAGUCAUAGAUGUAACAUUCGUUGAAGGCACUGUAGGACAGGCACCUCCUCUGAAGGGAGGAUUCUCGAUGUCUUUGCCAUCCACUUUCAUCUUGUCUCAACAAAUCAUCUCGGCUGGUUUUGCAGCUGGUGUCUUCGAAAUACCAACUUUCUCAAUGGCCGUAUCAGUCAUAUGAGAACCAGUUAGUGAUUCAUCACUAUCUAUAUCUAUAAGUCCUUCAAGAUGAUCGUCCAAAGGUGAUUGCAGAAAUAAGCAAUAGAUAAAUCGCUCACGAAGAAGAUGAACAGUAAAAGAAAAGUAUUAAAGAAGGAAAAGAUGCAAAGCAAUGGUGGGACAUCGGGAAUUCCCAUAGCACUCGAGCCCCUUCCACAAGAUUCAUCACCUGAUGUCUUCCCUUUCUUCAAAGGUCUUUUCCAAUGACGAUCACUUUUGCUGCUGUCACUCUCCCCUUUAUGCUCCGCCAUGUCCUUCUUGGUGAGUUAGUGCUUGCAGUAAGAAGACCUAUCAUCACGACGAGACAUAUGAGAAAUAAAUUCACAUAUAAAUGGGACGGACCCUACAUCGUCAAAAAGUUUUCACAAUUGGAGCAUACAAAAUCAUCGAUCAAGAAGGAUUACGAAUUGGCCCAAUCACCGAUAAAUUUCUCAAGAAGUUUUAUGCUUAAUUUUGUUUUGUAAAAAAAAACAUUAAACUACGUUGUGACUUGAUUCCUAUGUUAUAAAAAAGGUACGUAGGCAACUUAAGAUUCACUUUAAGUUCAGUCACAUGAAAAAAAAUCAUUGAACUACGUUAUGACUUGAUCCCUUUGUUAUAAAAAGGGUACGUAGGCAGCUUAAUAUUCACUUUAAGUUCAGUCACAUGAAAAAAAAUAUUGAACUACGUUAUGACUUGAUCCAUAUGUGAUAAAAAGGGUACGUAUGAAGCUUAAAGUUCACUUUAAGUUCAGUCACAUGAAAAAAAAAAAACUAUUGAACUACGUUAUGACUUGAUCCCUAUGUUAUAAAAAGGGUACGUAGGCAACUUAAGGUUCACUUUAAGUUCAGUCUCAGUCACAUGAAAAAAAAACCAUUGAACUACGUUAUGACUUGAUCCCUAUGUUAUAAAAAGGGUACGUAGGCAACUUAAGGUUCACUUUAAGUUCAGUCACAUGAAAAAAAACCAUUGAACUACGUUAUGACUUGAUCCUUAUGUUAUAAAAAUGGUAUAUAGGCAGCUUAAGGUUCACUUUAAGUUCAGUCAUAGAUGUAACAUUCGUUGAAGGCACUGUAGGACAGGCACCUCCUCUGAAGGGAGGAUUCUCGAUGUCUUUGCCAUCCACUUUCAUCUUGUCUCAACAAAUCAUCUCGGCUGGUUUUGCAGCUGGUGUCUUCGAAAUACCAACUUUCUCAAUGGCCGUAUCAGUCAUAUGAGAACCAGUUAGUGAUUCAUCACUAUCUAUAUCUAUAAGUCCUUCAAGAUGAUCGUCCAAAGGUGAUUGCAGAAAUAAGCAAUAGAUAAAUCGCUCACGAAGAAGAUGAACAGUAAAAGAAAAGUAUUAAAGAAGGAAAAGAUGCAAAGCAAUGGUGGGACAUCGGGAAUUCCCAUAGCACUCGAGCCCCUUCCACAAGAUUCAUCACCUGAUGUCUUCCCUUUCUUCAAAGGUCUUUUCCAAUGACGAUCACUUUUGCUGCUGUCACUCUCCCCUUUAUGCUCCGCCAUGUCCUUCUUGGUGAGUUAGUGCUUGCAGUAAGAAGACCUAUCAUCACGACGAGACAUAUGAGAAAUAAAUUCACAUAUAAAUGGGACGGACCCUACAUCGUCAAAAAGUUUUCACAAUUGGAGCAUACAAAAUCAUCGAUCAAGAAGGAUUACGAAUUGGCCCAAUCACCGAUAAAUUUCUCAAGAAGUUUUAUGCUUAAUUUUGUUUUGUAAAAAAAAACAUUAAACUACGUUGUGACUUGAUUCCUAUGUUAUAAAAAAGGUACGUAGGCAACUUAAGAUUCACUUUAAGUUCAGUCACAUGAAAAAAAAUCAUUGAACUACGUUAUGACUUGAUCCCUUUGUUAUAAAAAGGGUACGUAGGCAGCUUAAUAUUCACUUUAAGUUCAGUCACAUGAAAAAAAAUAUUGAACUACGUUAUGACUUGAUCCAUAUGUGAUAAAAAGGGUACGUAUGAAGCUUAAAGUUCACUUUAAGUUCAGUCACAUGAAAAAAAAAAAAACUAUUGAACUACGUUAUGACUUGAUCCCUAUGUUAUAAAAAGGGUACGUAGGCAACUUAAGGUUCACUUUAAGUUCAGUCUCAGUCACAUGAAAAAAAAACCAUUGAACUACGUUAUGACUUGAUCCCUAUGUUAUAAAAAGGGUACGUAGGCAACUUAAGGUUCACUUUAAGUUCAGUCACAUGAAA